AUGCUCGUCUCUCUCACCGUCGGCAAAGUCGAUGCCGGCGUUGCUGUCCUGCUCACGGAGGACAAGCGCCUGAUCGAGUUCCCUUCCAUCCUCCUACCAGCAGACAUUCACUCCGGCAGCAUUGUCGACAUCAACGUAGCACGCAACCAACACGCCGAGCUCAUCGCCGACCAGAAGUUCAACUCCCUCCAGACAGACAUCUUCGAGACCUUCGGCACCAGAUCGCCCUCUCCCCCCGUCUUGAGAUGCAGGAACGCUACGCAGACCAGCGUCGUGCUGGAAUGGGAUCCUAUCGAUCUUGCGACCGCUGAGAUGCGCAGCUUGAGUCUAUACAGGAACGGCACAAAGGCAGGAAACAUUCCACGAGACAAGCUCAGCACCAAGAUCAGUGGGCUCGCAUUGGACACCGAGUACACCUUUCAUCUGGUAUUACGCACGAGCGCCGGGCAGUACUCGUCGGAGAAGCUUACAGUCAAGACGCACAAGAUGACGGAUCUCAGUGGUAUUACCGUGACACCGGGUGUCAUGAACAACCAGCUCAAGGACAGCUUGGCAGAGACCGUCAAUCGCAUUGGCGCGAAGAUCAUCGACUCGGUCCGCAUUGAUACCACACACUUCGUCUGCACUGAAGCUAGGGGUCAGGCAUGGGAGAAGGCUGUAGAGAUGAACGUGCCGGUGGUGGUACCCGACUGGAUCAAAGGCUGCGAACGAGAGGGCAAGAUUGUCGGCGUCAGAGGAUACUACUUGGAUGCAGAUCCUAAGCUGAGGCAAAUGGGACCCAGCACACAUCAGCAGCGAGGAAGUGUGUCGAGUGCGACCGCACCGCCGCAUCGCGAUAGUCCGCGGAUCGAGCAUACUCCACCAACGCCAGAACGUCCGACCCACGGGAACAGAGAGCAGGAAGCACCGACAUCCCCAGCGGAGCCGCCAACACCACCUCCCAAGACAGUCGAUCAGCGUCUUGCAGAGGAGUCGACGGAGCAGGACGGGCACUCGUUCGGAGGCAGCACGUUGAACGAGAAGCCAGUGGCUGCAGACGAUUCGGACGACGAGUCAGACGGAACAGAAACGCUGUCGAGGGAUGUAGAAAAAGCGAAGAUAGAGGACGAUCAGGAUGACGAGGAUGACGAGGACGAUGGGCCGGCUCCAUCGAAAGGCAAGUCUCCAGCAGAACCUACAACUCCUGGCCAGAAGGACGAUGAGUUCAGCGAAGUCCAGCUGUAG